UUGCAUACCUUGUCAGACAACAUAUUAAGUGGAGUGGUAACAUUUAGGGAAAUCGAAACACUGUUUGGGGAGCUAUACCACGACAGAUAUGACAUUAUGAGAAAAGAGAUAACACAGAUUUGUCGGGAUGGAGAUUGUGUAGAUAAAAGAAUCGACCAGCUUAAAAAGUUCCGAAAUUACCUGACAAUGAACGACGUAGCACGUGUUAUGGUAGACUUAAAAGAAACAUAUGACAUGAAAGGAAACUUUGGUCCCUUUGAAAACAUGCAAAGUCAUAAAAAUGAGGACCUCGCUUUUAAAGACUUUGAAGAGUCCCUUUCCGAAGUUGGUGAUUUGUUAGAAGGAAUAACUCAAGAAAGAAUAAUUAGCCUUCAAGCCUUCAUACAAUCUCACAAGCUAGUUAAAUGGCUUAAUGACUCAAUGAAAGAAUUUGGAUUGAAAGAAUUCAUUGUAUUUGUUGAUCUUGCAACAAUCUCUGCUGGCGAGAGUACCGAAAAAAUGGCAAUGGUUAAGAGCCUUCAUGCUGGUGUUAUUGCCUAUUCCCCACUCAUAUUUGAUAUGUCACGGAAAGAUGAUUACAGAGAUGUAAUACAAAAAUGUCAGAAAGUUUGGGAAACUUUAGAGGAGUCACCGAAUAUAAACGAAAGCCUUGUGUUUGCAAACCAACAUUUAGAAUGGUUCAAACAUGUAAAAAAUACAAAAGGAGUGGUGGAAGUUACAUCUUUUAUGGAGGCAAAUGCUAUCAAUGACUUUGGAAUAUUUACAAUCGGGAAGAAUGCUGGAACACAUGUUCAAAAUGGAGAUCAUGAUGUUACUUCAAACACAGCGUUGUCUCAUGUAAUCAAAUUGACAGUUCCCGCUGACAGAAAAGCGGGUAGGAUAGAAGCUAGGGAAUACAGUUUGAGUGAAUUAGAAGAGCUUCAAAGCAAACUUAUACUUGUUGCUGGUGAGGCAGAAAAAGGGCAAGCAUGUGUGGAAAGAUUUUCUAUGGUACUUGAUGGUGUUAUACGACUUAGUCAAGUUUACAUAAGACUCGUGUCAUCCGGUUGUGUCAUAUUCACCAACUUUGCAAUAAAGCUGUUUUGUGAACCAAAUCUAAAUACACCAGUGUGCGUUAUUCUCGAGUUCAAAAAUGGUGACGAACUAACACAAUUAAAGUGUCGAAAAACAACAGAUGAACGCCUUGAGAAUAUUAUGCCGAAAAUAGCAUCACAAAUGGAGAAAUGUUUAGCAAAUUGGAUUACAUUUGUUAACGAAAAGCGAACUGAGUACCUUCAUCUCAACUACUACACAAUGGACCAGUUAGUGAUCAUUCAGAAAGAGAUUGCAAAUUUAUGUCUACAAAAAGAAACAUCACCUAAGCUUUUCCCAUUACUUCAGUGUGUAAAGAGCGAUUGUAAAAAAGAUGAUGUUAUCUGUGCAAACCAAAAAGCAGUGACAGAAAUUAAAGCAGACCGAUCAGAUAGAGAUUUGGAGCAAGAAUCAUCAAAUUUAAUGGAGAAAGAAGAUCCGAAACGAGACAAAUUUAUCAAAAAGCUAGUAAUGGCUAAAUUUGAAAGACUUAUACCAUUUGCAUUAGAGAAGUUUCCAAACUUUGAUAUUAGUAAAGCUUUGACUUGGUGCAUGAAAAACAAGAACAACGUUGAAAAAUUUGAGACCGAACGAAAAUCACGGUUGUCAAAAACUAGAGGAGAUGUUACCGAUGAUCUUGCAACUGGAGAUACCCAACCAACAGAUACCUUUGCUACUUGGAUGAGCAAAGCUAUGGCUAAUGAAGGUCAGUAUGACAAGUGUGAAUUUAUGCUACUGAAGUUCGAUAGAAUAUGGCAGGACUUUAUCCAGGCAAUCAUAUCAAAUCUGCAAGACUUCAUUAGUUUAAAACAGCUUGGAGUUUUAUUGCGACAUCUCGCAAAUGAGGAGAAAAAGAAAGUGAAUAGAACAUUUCCAGAUGGUUACAUAGAAUCUUCUCCAAAUCUAGUUAUUUGUUCAACUGAUGAAGUUCUACAAACUACGUUAUCGGUAUACAUGAUGGGCGAAACUGCUGAUGAUAUGCCACUUCCCCAAUCAGAUGAAGUGCUUAUGUGUUCAGCAAAAACGUCCCUCGAGCAGGUUGAUGUAUUCCUCAGGCGAAGCGUUUUCUUUGCAAAUGGAAAGAUUCAUUGCAUAGUCAAUGCUGAUUUAAUGGAAUUUAAUGUAUGUGAAGGACUGCAUGAUCUUCUUCAGGAAUACAUACGAAAAGUCGGUUCGGAUGUAAAGUACAGACUUAUCAUUAUAUGUGGGUCGGAAAAGGAGCAUAGCUUGUCAAUGAUUUCAUCUCUUGAAAAAUAUCGGAGGACUCCGUUUAUUUUGGAUCCUGGGCGUGUUAAAACAAACAUACAGAAUAAACUUCGAGUUGACAUAAAAUGUGGGGCUGCAUCAGUUGACUUCGACAAAUCAACUGUUCGACUGGUUCAGUCACAGAGAAGUGGCGUAGGUAAAACACUUUAUAAGAAACGCAGAGAAGAAGAAUUAAAAAAGCUGAAAAACGUUGAUCAUUAUGAAGGAAUAACACUUCCGCUGCACCAAAAGAAAAUCGACAUUGAUAAUUUCAUCGGGCGUCUUCUAAGAUACACAGAGGGACCUGAUUUUUCAGAGCCUCGUUUAUUUCACAUCGAUCUCACACAUGAGAGUACGUUUACAAACAGCAAGCAUCAAAUGUUGAACUUCUUACCUUCUGUAGUGUGUCGAUCUCCGCAGGAAAGUGUGACAGUGUACCAAGACAAAGAGAUAAAUGGUUAUGUAGAAACAGAUCAACUUUUUGACGAGGUACUUUACAACAGUGAUCUUUAUCAGAAACCGUACAUGUUUCUCCGUGAACUAAGAGGACAGACUGGAACAAGAACGUCGAUUCAAGAUUGUUUGGAAAUUCUUCUAGGAACAUGCCGUGUGAAUGAUCCUUCUUGGUCAGAGUUGUACCACUUUGUCUCAUUCUUGCAUACACAAAUAAUCGACUUUGACAAAAAUUACUUUGUAAGUCAAGCAGCUGCAAGAGAUUUUCCCGGAUUUAGAACGUUUGUCAGAAAGUGUCUUUUACAAAUGUCGAAGGAUUUUUCAAGCCGGUCGUUGAAUAUGAGCGAGGAAUCAGAUGUAUUGAGUAGAGAAAAUGAUGAGAUAGACGAACUAGAAGAAUACCAAAUGAAAAGGACUUGGGAAAGCAGUCCUCAUCCAUAUCUGUUUUUCAAUGCUGAUCACAAUACCUUUACAUUCAUUGGAUUCAAUAUAGAAGCGAAAACAAAAAAACUUGUUGACAUACAAUCCGGAGAGGUACUAGAGGAGAAGGCAAUGGACGAUGUUCUCUACAGACAGCUUAAAGAAAAUGGUGUUCCUAUUCAAGAAAAUUUUGAUAAACUUUCAAGGUAG